CUCGACUUGAGCGGUUCGACGAAUGACGACAGCGCGCUCGCUCGGUCGUUUGGGUAAAGUGUGUGCAUAGCGUAAGUCUGGCUAAAGGCAAAGUUGAAGCCGAUGUUAAAAGUAAAGUUGUAGUGCGGAUAUUGUAAAUAUACACUCGAAAAAAAUAGUAAAAAAUAGUGGCAGAGCAAUCAGUUAUGUGAACCUGCUACCAAACACCAACACAUGUGUGUGUGUGAGUCUGCAAUUUGCUCAGAAGAACGCCACAAAUAUGCGGUGAGAUAUUCAUGCCUCUACUUUAGUCAAAUUUGUUUAGCUUGGUGCUUAUGGGUUUAGUCGCGGUUUUGCAGGCGCAGCGCUCAAACGCAACGGUUUUAUAUAGCAAAUUUAAAAGGUGUUGGUAAGCUAAUGUGGAAUUUAAAAGAUUUUAAUUGAACAAUUUUUAAAAUUUUGAAAUGUGAUUUUGAAAUUAAUUAAUUUAAUCAAUUAUGUAGUGUAUUACUUAUUUUGCAAUAAGCUGUGUUGUAUAAAUAAUUUAAAAUAAAAAUUGAUAAAAAUUAUCAUUAAUUACCACGAGAUCCCUCAAAAAACCAGCAAAAAAGUAUACAAGAGAUUAUAAAAAAUCAAAGUACCCACGCUACGAUUCAUCAAUGUAAACUCAUUCAUAACGAAAAUGUGAAAAUUAUCCAAGCAAGUGUGAGACCCUAAAAAGCCGUGCUUUGCAGCCGCAGCAACAGCAAUAACGUGUAGAGACUUUCAAUGGGAAAACAAUUAAAAUUUGCAUUCAUUAAGUGGUGGAAAAAAUUGCAGCAACGCGAAAGAAUAAAAAAAUUACUGCCACACUAGUAUUACUGCAACGCACGUCCCCAUAGCCUUAGCAAAUCACCAAACACAUAAGAAAAGCAGAUAAAAUUAGUAAAUAGCGUGGUUAAAGCUGGCAAUGAGUUGCAAUCGACAUCUUAACUACAGCAGAACUUCGCCGAACAUCAAUAAAUAACGAGCCGAUACUUACGCCAUACCGUCUAACUGAUUGGUUGGUGUGCAAAAGAUGCGUUCACUUACGUAAUUGAAAUCAAAGUGCAAUAGCCAGCAAAUCCCGCUAACAAAGCCGUGCCUAUAAGUGCACUCAUGGCUAUUCGCAUCGUAGCUUCAUUUGACUAUUCUGUAGCUUCAACUCUUUCUCACCCGAAGCGCAAUUGACAUUUUCAUUUUUGGUGACUUCUUGUGCACACGCUUACGGUGUGAGUGUGUUUGUAUGUGUGUUGUAAGCGUCGAAGCAACAGCAGAUCGCUGAUUUAACUUUGCGAAAUCGAUUAGCACCGGCAAAACUUCAAAAGCACAACAGGUGAAUAGUUGAAGGCAUAAUGGCUAGCGCGACUGGCGGCCGAGAUGCCAUUGAAUGCGAUACUAACGCUUCUGCAAUGGCCAUAAAUAUGGCCGAGACUAUCAAACCAAACAAUUACAUGGCCAGCAGCAGAAAACAUCAACACGAUGCCCCCAGCAACAGCGAGAGGCCGAGUAAAAAACUAGAAUCAGCGAAAUUCGGGCAUAUGAGUGGACGUACAGCUGAGGGUCUGCGUCGGCAAGCGACCAAAUAUCCACACGGCCUGAAUAUCAGCAUACAAACAGUGACCACUAAUGAACACCAGCACACCACUAGUAAUGGCAACAACAAUAAUAAUAGCAGUCUACAUGCGAGCAGUGACCUGAAUGCAAAUUAUGGCUACUCACGAGCUUCCACGCUGCGCAGCAGUUGGGGUGGCAACAACAAUGACAAACGGCAAACGACCAGCGAUUUGAAUGACGGCAUUAGACACACCUCAAAUGGCAGGGAUGCCGCAGCAACGUCGGAUAACUGCCACCGCAAAUAUCGCAUUAGUAUGGUCAGCAGUCCGGAAAAUCUGGCCGAAUUGCAAAUGCGCCGCUACAAGUAUCCACUCACCGGCAACUACUAUCUGGACACACAAGAUGCGACGAGUAUGAAACAACCGCCCCCGUUGCCGGUGUUGCGCACAUAUCUACAGCGUUUCGGUCGUUGGAAAUAUCUACGCUGGCCCAUCAUAUUUUUAGCGAGCACAUUGCUAUUCUUCGGUCUCAUCACCUAUUGCAUUUGGCUGCACGAUGUGAGCGUGGCGCGGGAGCGUUACCAGCGACGACGGCAGGAAGUCAGCAAGGAGGCACAGUUAGCCAAUAAUGAAGCGCAGCUCAUCAACUUUGUUGCAAACACAGUGGACGUGUGGCAGCGUGUUGAUGAAAGCAUUGCAACCACAACAACUACUCCGGCAACCAGCACCACCAAUUCAACCAUAGUUGUAACCACAGACCACAAUCAGCAACACCUACAGGAAUCGACGAUUUUACGUGCAAUUAGCACUCAAGCGCGCCAACCACCCAAGCAGCAACAACUGACAACAUUCAAGUAUGUGGUGCCGUCGAAAGGUGUCGUCGUCGGCGACAAAAAGCAGCACAAAGCGGAUGUUGAUAAAGACAGAGAUGAGACUAUGUCCGAAACCACAACAUAUGCCAGCGCCGAAGCGGCUCUGAUACCUACUAAUGUGCUGCAUUACAGCGGUUUUAAUGGACAUCAGAACAGCUUUGGUGUGCCCAUUGAAGAGGGUCACCGCAUUUUGAGGCUCUUUAAUAAUGGCCUUUCACCAUAUCAACCCUUUACCCCAACAACUAAGUCUUUGACUAAGGUAUCACCCACGAUACCACCGCUUGCAAAAUCUAAGCCAACACAUUCCAUGUCAUCAGGCUUCCGUACCACCGCGCAAGAUAACGGUUGUUACUCAACCACGCUGCCGAUGUGUCAGGGUAUCCUGGACUAUGAUUUAACAUAUAAUUCCACAACCAAAUUACAGUUUAACGAUCAACAAGCUUUUCAGCAGCUAGUAGAAUCGAAUUGUUCAACACGUGCGCUCGAGUUUAUAUGUGUAACACUAGAACCGGAAUGCAGACCUUCGCAUAUUGGUAUAUUGCCACCUUGUCGGAGGAUUUGCAAAGCCGUACUCGAAGCCUGCUCCAUCGUCAUAGCCAAUUGGGACGCGCUCAACGAGCUGUUUGACUGCAAUAUCUACCCCGACUCCAACGAUCCGCACAAAUGUGAAGAUCCCACGAGAAGACGCGAUUACUGCUACGACAACGAAUUCGCUUGCUAUGACCGCACCUGCAUACCGCAACAAUGGCAGUGUGAUAAUAUUAAGGAUUGCGCUGCUGGCGAGGACGAAGAGAGCUGUUUGAUUUGCGAUCAUCAGGAUGAGUUCCGCUGCCGCUCUAAUGAGAAGUGUGUGCCCGAGUCGGUGCGCUGUGAUUUGAAAUAUGACUGCUUCGAUGGAUCUGAUGAGGAGGAGUGUGAUGAGUACGGUUCCGGAGAUGAAACAGCGGUCACUUUCGAUGAAGCUGCUUUAAAUUCAUUCCCACGCAUAUUCUCCUAUGCUAGUUUCCUAUCGCCCAAUCAAACUAAUGAAGGUUUAUAUACCUACAUCACGGCAGCUACGGACGAUGAGAAUGGCACGAAGUUUCAGGUGCAUGAAAUCACCAAUCGCACUAGCGGCAUAUCUACCGAAGAUGUUACAAACAGUGUUCCCGGUGAUGGGCCAAAAGGUUUCGUGAACUUCCGUGAUAGCAAGGAAAUCAUGAUGACCAGCGAUACGGAGAAUAAAUUCAAGUACUCUUCGGCUGCCACCACCUCACGUCUCGCAACAAAUCCCAACAAUAAUAGCUUGAUCAGGGGCAAUAAAGUGUCCUUUGGUGCCACCACACCUCUGCAACCGGCCGCCUCAAUGCGCAUCGCCGUCACUACCGAACCGGUCAACACAUCCAAAGACGACAUAGAUAAUGACGACAACAAGAGCAAAAAAGCGCCGGCAAACACUUGUGCGCCCCAUCAAUUGCGUUGUGUGAGCGGCGAGUGCAUCACAGUCAAUCAACUCUGCGACAAGAAAAUUGACUGUCCAGAUGGUGCUGAUGAGCUGCUGUGUAUCUACAAGGAGCAGCGCAGUUCGACAACAACAACAAUGCGCAGCAGCACAGACGGUCCUUCAAGCCGUAGGCGGAGUGUGCGCACGCAAUCGACGACGCCGGCAGCGACGACAAUACGUACGGAUAAACGCUCCUUGACACGUACAACAAUAAAGAGAAAGGUGAAAACCUAAUGUUGCAAUAACAACAACGGCAUCGUAAUGGCUACUUGAAUUUGUUAUUGUUGCACACUUUCAAUUUUAUCUAACUGUACAGCGCGUGUGUGUGUGUUUUGGUUAAGUCCUACAUAGUAUUGUAUUUUUCUUGUUGUUCUAUACUCACCUGGCUAUACUUUUCCAAUAUUCUUUUCUACAUUUAAGCAUUAUAUAUAGUAAUGAAUAUAUAUUUAGCUUAUUUACUGCGUACCUAUGUCGUUGCUUGUUUUAAACAAAAAAGACAUUUAUAUUUUUAGUAUUUUUAUUGUUACAGCUAUAUCUACGGAUAUACAUAUAUAAAUAUUUACAUAAUUAAAAGAAAAUGUUUAUUAUAUUUCUUGAUUCAUACUCUUGUUAUCAUGUGUAGUUGAUUUUAAGGUUAUGUUUUAAUAUGCAAUGCUGUAAAUAAUAACUUUAUUUUAUUAUAAACUCGAAAAGUAAAA